AUGGCAAUUCUCAGUGCUCUGGAAAAGAAGAUAUGGGAUGAUAACAAAGACUGUUACUCUCGCCUUAUCACCUUGUCUCAGCUUUCUUCCUCCUCCUCCUCGACCAUAUUGUUUGUUAACCCUCCUACUCACCUGCCUUCCCGCCCUUCCUUGGAAACCACUUAUCCGUUUUACUCCUUCCUCACCUCUUACCCUUUCCUCCUCCCCUAUUUCUUUCUCUUGUCUUUCCUUUUCUUCCUCCAUUUUCUCCUCUUACCUCUAUUCAUUCAUUCUUCUCCUCUUUUUCCUUUUAACUCAUCCUCGUUCUCCCUUUUUCUCUUCCUCAUCUCUUUAUUCUUUUUUUUAUUUUCCUUCUCUUUCGUUUUCUCUUUGUGUUCUUUCUUUCUGUUUUUUUCCUUAUUUUUACCAUUUUUUUUUGUUUCUUACAUUUUUUGGUAUCUUUACUUUCAUUUUUUCCAUCUUUCUUUCUCUUUCCUCUCUGUUUUCUUUAUUUUUCUUAUUCCUUUUACUCUAACACUUUCUUUUCUUAUUUUUUCUUUCUCUCUUCCUACUCUCUUUAUUUCUUCCUCCUUCAUUUUCACUUUUUCUUUUCUUGUCAUAUCUCUUAGCCUUUUCCUUUUCUUCUAA